GAUACUCUGUAUCCCGGCAUCCAUCGCGGCACCGCCCCUGGUUAUCUCACUGACGGUCAGAGGGGAGGCCUGUCUGCAUCUAGCUACAUCAAAAAACUUGAGCACUGUGCUAGUACAUUGUGGCCUUCUCAAGUGUUACAAUGGAGCCAUCAGGAAGCACUACGAGCAACCACACCCUGAACUCCACAGGUGGCGGUUGUCCAUGGGAGGUCAGCGACAAGGCCAGGCUGUGUCGCUUCCUCUGCUACGGCUCGGAGGGAGACGUAUACACUGCCAGAGAGGAGGGUCGCGUCAGCAUGGAGAACGUCGGAGCGCUGCUGUCCAUGCUUCAGGAGGGCCGAGGUGCUGAGGUGGUGGAGGAUAUAAGAAGGUUCUCUCAGGAUGGCCGAGCUGUCAGACCGGGCCCUUGCUUUUUCGCCUUGGCUUUGUGCUCCCAGCACUCAGAGCUGAAGACCAGGCAGGCAGCGCUCAAAGCCCUGAAGGAAGUCUGUCGGGACCCUACCCAUCUGUUUUCUUUCAUCCAGUACAAGAAGGAACUAAAAGACGGCAUGAAAUGUGGGAUUUGGGGGCGUGCCCUGAGGAAAGCAGUGUCUGACUGGUACAACGAGCAAGAUGCCAUGAGUCUAGCUGCCGCUGUGACCAAAUGUAAACAGAGAGAGGGCUGGUCACACCAGGAUCUGCUCAGACUCUCCCACACCAAACCAGCUAAAGAUGCAAUCGCCUUGAUCAGCAAAUACAUAACUAAAGGAUGGAAAGAGGUCCAGGUGGCUUACGCAGACAAAGAGAACUCAGAUGAGGUUGUCAAAGUGCUUUCGUAUCUCGAAGUGGUGGAGAAGGUCAAGCACAGUUGUGACGAGACGGAAGUCAUCAGUUUAAUAGAGGAACACAAGCUGGAGAGGGAACAGCUGCUGACAGAUCAUCUGAAGUCCAAACAGGUGUGGAGAGCUUUGUUGAAGGAAAUGCCUCUCCAUUCAGUGCUAAAGAUCUUGGGAAAGAUGACAUCAAACAAAGUCCUUGAACCAGGAAGCUCAGAAACACAACUUGUCUGCGAGAGAAUCCAGAGCGAGACAGUACUAAAGAAGGCGAAGCUCCACCCUUUCAGCAUACUCUUGGCAUCAGAACACUACAAAAGGGGCCAAGGCUAUCAGGGCAAACCAAAAUGGGAACCAGACAGCAGCAUCCUCAAAGCAAUGGACUCUGCCUUUUACAAGAGUUUUAUGAAUGUGGAGCCUGUAGGUAAACGCUUCGUGGUGGCAGUAGAUGUGAGCACGUCGCUGAGCAGCGUUGUCCCAGGAACGUCAAUCAGCACUGCUGUCGCCGCUGCAGCCAUUACCAUGAUUUUUGCAAGGACAGAAGCAGACACACAUGUGCUGGCCUACUCUGAAGGCGCUGUGGUUCCGUGCUCUGUUUCUGCUGACAUGACACUGGCAGAAGCGACAGUUGAACUGGUUAAGAUCCCAAGUGGGAGCACAGACUGCAGCCUUCCCAUCACGUGGGCCACAGAGAGCGGGAAGUCUGUAGACGUAUUCAUCGUUCUGACCAACAACCCGCUGUGGACGUUUACCGCCAGCCCACUGGAGUCUCUAAAAAAGCACAGACAAGCAUCAGGGGCCAAUUCCAAGCUGGUGAUGUGUGGGCUGACAUCCAUCGGACACGCCAUCGCAGACACAGAAGACAGGGGUUUGCUGAGCGUCUGCGGCUUCGACCUUGGAGCUCUGAGCGUCAUUCGUAACUUGGCCCAAGAUCUGAUCUGAUUAAGUGUCGGGACUGUCUCUGAAUCAUGUCGUGGGAGCAGAAUAAGAAGGCACAAAGUGGACCAAUGUGGCUCACGUAUCAUUUAGAGUGCCCGAAAACAGCACUAAUCCAAAAUCAUGCUGACAUUUCCAAUUUCUCUUUUUGUGUUUUGUCGCUUACAAGUCAAUUGACAAAGUGUCCAGCAGGCUGGACGACACUCUGGAAAUGUUAUGUGCAUGUGUUUUUUGCACAAUUUUAAAAGGAAGUGAUAGGACGUGUUGUUGCAUAUGGGCUGUUUAGUGCUUUGAUGGUUCCUGGUGAGACACUAACCCAUUUAACAAUAAAUUCCUCUCACAUAUAGAAAGAGUUUGGGAGACAAAUAAGAGGAACAGAAUGUUAGAGAGGUAGUGAAACUGUAGAUUUAUUUCAAGAGGAUUUCCUGUAGUUUACAAUAUGUAUCUAUUGUAUGAUUUAGCAGGUUUGUGUUACAUGUAGAGCUAUUUUAAACCUGAAAGCCUGUCCCCACUAUUUUAUGUAGCAUUAAUAUAAAUUAUUAACGUAUAUAAAAGUGAGGAUUAAAACAAAUCACCAAAAGUCAACAGAAUACAUUGCAGUUUUUUCUUGGUAUUCUGUUAAAUUCUUUGAUUUAUUUGGUUGGAAAAGGUUGUUUUUAAUAGUAGCAGAUAGGAUUCCUUUUUUUACACAACCCUUGUCUUUAGUUUAGCUACAGUUUUUAGUUGUUUUAAUAUUUGUUUUCACCUAAGUCAGUUUGAUUGUAAACCCUGUUCUGCUCUUGUUGAAUUUAUUGUUCACAGAAAUACCCUCGGUGCUCUUAAAUGUGAUGUUACAUUUCAGGAGAUCAAUUUAGUUUAUGGGUUUUUGGGGAUUUUCCAUUGUGGAAAAUAAAUGCCAAUGUUUAGAAACUAAAAUCAGUUUACAGUGAGCUAGUGAAAUGGACUUCUUCACAUAUUUCAGUCUGAACUCUAUGCAUCACAAUUGGACUUUUACUUUAUUGUUACUGUAUGUGCAGAGAAGGAUAAAUCACCUCUACAGUAAUGUUUCUGUAUCUUUAAUGUAUGAAUGUUUGUUAUGCAAAAACUAACAGAUACUUGCUACCUUCCCUGAAUACAAUAAACUGAAUGUACUUUUUUAAGACAUGUAACAGUAGAGAUUUAAAGUACAGUGAUUUAUAUUUGUCCAAAUACAAAAUAAACCUACUGCUUACAGUGUUUUAUUGUUAGGGGCCAAUUUGUUUUGGGAAAAGUACAAGCAAAUGACUACAGUGGUGCUUCUUGUUUUAGACUGUAAUGAUUGACAGCAUUCACAAAAUUUGUUACCUAUCUUUCAUUCUGGUGUACUUCAGUCUUUGUAAACUCCUGACCAUGUAACUGUGAAGGAUGUUCGUCCACACAUACGUUCAUUUUCUACGUUAAAGCAAUGUCCACUGUCUUUUUGGUUGCAAAAUGUUCUAAUGCUAAAAUCUUUGUAUGAAGUGACCCUUCGAUACAAUGUUUGUAGUUUGGCCAGAGAGAUAGUUAUGAGGUUUGGUAAUUCGCAAGUGUUUCACCUCUAUGAUUAAGUUGUUUUCCAUCAUAUUGUAUUCAUUUUGCUUAACAUGUAAGUACUUGACUGUAGUGGCAAUGUAAAUCCUUCCCUAAUAAAUAUGUUGCUGCUGUUCA